UUGAUUAUUUUCAGCUUUGAUUUUUGUGUUGGCAGUGAAGAUGAGUCGCCGGUAGAAAAUCUUGGUCAAGUAUUAUUUGGAGAACGAAUCAGGCCUAGCCCAUAUAAGAUAACCUUCAAUGAGCCGAAACAUUGUGCAUUGUUGUGCCAGAAGCAAUACGUGUAUGCUGAUGGGAAAGACAUGAAGAAGAUACGCUUGCUUCAGAAAGGAAUGAAACUGAACUAUCAGCAUCACUGGAUUCUGGAUAAUAUGCCCGUAACAUUCUGUUUCAUCAAUCAGCAGAAUCAAAAUGUUUGCACAACAGGCUUCCCAAUGGGUUGCUACGUGACCAGUGAUGGUAAACCGAAAGAUGCAUGCGUUUUGGAUUCACGCUAUCGACAGCCGGAUAGCUACUACAUUUUCAAUCAUGUUGAUAUUCUCAUCGAAUAUCGUGAUAUGAGCCAGGAUCCGAAUUUUCUGGAUGAGCAUGUUGGUGGACGAAUAAUUCGCAUCAAAGUUCAGCCAAGAAGUAUCAAGCAUGAAGCUGCUGAUAAGCUUGACUGUGGCAUCAAUGCUCAACCAUUUCCAAUUCGAGUUCAUGAAAAACCCGAUAAAAUCAUCUAUACCUACUCAGUUGUCUGG